AGUAAAUAUUCUCCUCACACGGACUUGAAAUUGAAUCGACUAUUUUUAACGGAAUCAUUUAGAUUCACUGCUGUUAAUACACGUGAAAGAUCCGUUAAAAAAAUAUUCAUUCCAAAAGAUUCGGUUCACGAACGGCACGUUAGCGCGCACGUGACCACUCUCCAGCUGCUAAAUACGAUAUAAAAUACCGUAAUUGCUAUAAUGUUUUAUAUAACUGUGUCAUUGAACCAAAGUAAAUAUCAGGUAAAAAAAAAAUUCCCCAAAAUAAUAAUAAAAAAAUGGUAUUAAACAUGUCGUCGUCGUUGUUUUUUUUUAAUGGCACAGCACUGACUGUUUAAUACGGGUCUCGUGACGUCCCUGAGUGCUCGAGCUGUAAAAUGCUAACCGGCUAAUGCCCCGCCUGAGGAGCUGAAGUAAAACUGAAGAUUAAUUUGACUAUUAAUAAAGAACAAUGUCUCUUAAAGACUGUACUUCUUCCAGGGACACCAAUAAUACAGGUGCCACAGUGAGGAGACCGAAGCGGCGCUCCUCCACAGACAGGAGUCUCACAGUCUCACACGGUGGUGAGGUGAAGACCAUGCUGGACACGUUUGGAGCGGAAAUAAACAAGUCGUUUGUGGCUAAGAGGAAGUGUUUAGAGUCGUUCACCAGCUCAUCUCUGAAAACCAGCCAGCAGAAGAUCGAGGCACUGUGGAGGUCUCAUCAGAGAGAGCGGGCUCAGGCGUGUGAGGAUUACAGCACUCGGUUCUCAUCCGUGUUCCAGCAGUGGGAGAGCGACAUGCAGAGGAACAAAGACCAGGACAAGAAACUCACGUCUCUGUUCCAGCAUCAGCAGAUUAUGUUUCAGCAGAUGAGAGCUUCACAAACCGAGAGACUGAAGAUGCUCAAGGAGAUUGUAGAUCACUAUAUCAAAAGCACACAGGCGCUUCAGGAUGCUCACGAGGAGCAGAACAUUGUGGCCAUGAGUGAGUUACGCCAGGAGACGGCACUGCUGCACAAGAAAAUCCUGAUGAACACACAGGAGGAGAUGGUGUCAGUCAGGAACGCUCUGCAGUCCAUGCUCAUGUAGGUACUGACGCAGGUUUUUACAGACCAAGACGAGGCCGUGUGUGUGUGUGUGUGAGAGAGAGAGAGAUCCUUUACUCAGAGGUUCAGAGUUACAAAUGUCCUCCUUUCUUCUUCUCAAAUCUACACUCAGGUUCACUCUGCAGUCUGGAACUAAAUAUAGUAUAAAAUAAAUAAAUAAAUAAAUCCACUCCCACCCCCAAAUAAAUUUACUGAGAGACUCUGAAUAAACUGUGUGUGAGUAGUGUGUAUAAUUAUACUGAGUGUAUGUGUGAUCAUUGAGCAUGUGAUUAGUGUGUAGGUGUGACUAGUGUGUGUGAUUAGUGCAGUUCCACUGAAUGAGUGUAAGUAAAGCGUAAAAUUUACAAAUGAAUUUUAAAUGUCUUUUUUUUAUUAAUUCCAUGUAACAUUCGAGGCAGACUGAACGCUGCCACACACCCACAGCGUGGAUUCAGGCACAGAAUGCAAAAGCAACAUUAAAUAAAAUAUUUUUUACAAUAAUCCAUAUGUUAAAAUAACAGAACAGUAGCUGAUGUGUGAGGAUAAGUCACACACACACACACACACACACACACGUGUUCCGUAAGAGUGCUGUAAACGUGUACACAUCAGUGUGUCAGUGGAGCAGGAUUAUUUCACACAGCACGAAGAAGAGCUUCAACUUAUCGAAGAGGAUUUAAUAAAAAUCCAAAUAAAUGGAGGGAGUCAGGAAACUGCUUUAGAAACACAAUAAAUUAUUCAGGAAAUGUAGAUUAGAUAUUAAUAAAAAAAAACAAGUAACAAAAUAAAGGGACAAAAAAAUAGGAACAAAGUACUUUCAAUUUAUAAUAUAGUUUAUGGAAUAUGUUUAAGUCAAUGGAAAAUAUUUAGUUUUAGAAAAAUAAACAGG